AAUUAGUCUUAAAGGAAUUUGGCCUUCCUCUGAAGGUGCCAUUAUUGUUUGGGAUUCCGAUCGGAGUGGAAGUGAAAUUCACUCGUUUAGUGGUGCGUAAAAAAAAAGCAUAAAAUGCCCAUUACAACUCCCAAAGUCCCGGACGGUCUGCCGGAGUUGAUGCGUGGUUUGGCAAAGAGUGUCAUCAAGGAAAAUCCGGAAAAUCUUUACGUGCACGCGGCAGAGUAUUUCGAUAAUCUUGUUCGCGAACGAGAUGGUGAACUAAACAAGGGUUAUAAGAACUUUAGUGCGUACCGAGAUUAUUCGGAUUAUAAGGGGCAAAGCCGAGCGAAACGUGUCGGUAGUGGGGGUGAGGGAAGAUCUGCGGAGCCGGCAAUAGAUUCGACCGCAGUUAAAGGUGAUGGUGAGGAGAACGAUAGCGGAGGGAGUGCUUCUUCGGCGCGGGCGAAUCGGAGAAAGCACAUCAAAAAGCAAGGGUCCAAAGAUUCGAGCAAAUCCAGAGAGAAGGAAAAUGUUCCAGGUUCAGCAGAUUCUAUUCGGAGCCACGGAAAUGCGAAAAUGUCUAGUUCAAAAGAUUCGUUGGAUGAGGGUUCAAAUUUGGCAGAGGAAGAUUCUCCAGUCGAGAAGGAUGUGGAACAAGUUAUGGUUAAAGUGCAAGCUCAUGCGGAGUAUCAGGCUUCAAAGGAUAAAUCGGUGGGCAAAAUGUUGAGUGUUGAUUCGGAAGUGGCUGCGAAUACGGUUUCAUCAGUGCUGCAUGACACAGUACUGGAAUCGGAUGAGGCGAACAGGGAGACGGGUGAAUUGGAUGAAAUACCCCGUCAAGAAAAGUCCAUAAUAGAUUUGCAGCAGCCAAUCAAUUGUGAAGAUUUGAGUUCCUAUCCACGGGACGAAGAUACGAAGGAUUCGAAUGGAGAUCACACCGAAGAUUUUGGAACUGCUCCAAGCACCGCUGAAAUUGUUGAGAAUACCGCUGAACAAAUUCAGGAAGAAACGUGUGAUGUAGGAGAGUCGGAAGAUUCUCCAAAGAAUUCGGAUGAAGUGGAUUUGUCAGUCAAAGAGGACACAAAUAUAUCUGAUAAACCGGAAGGUCCACCAGUUAAUGGUUCGGUUGACAAAGGAUCUGAUCCUCUCGACAAAACAUCUGAUGUUCAGCCACAAUCGGAUGAAGCUUCGAACGCAGGAAUGGAUACAGUUGAUUCCGAAGGAACCACUGAAAAUAUCAUUCAACCGAGAUUCAGCGCCGAUGAGGAGGAAGCUCCAGAAAUGCCGGACGUUCCGUCUGAAGAGCCGGGGGCUGGAAACGAACCGGCAGGAAGUACCAUUGAUGAUGCUCAAAACGAAUCAAAGGUGGAACGACUUUCUGAAAAUUCACAUGAGGAGGAAAAUGCUGAUCAGAACGCCGUAGAAAAUUCAGAACCCGUUGAGUCUCUUAAGGAUCAAUUUCAAAAACAAUCGGAGAAAACUACUCAGGGGGAUCUUGAAAUGAAACACCAAACAUCAAAAGAUUCAAUCGAUACAGAAGAAUCGAUCGAACAAAACGACAACGUUGCGCAAGAGAAACGCACGCCUUUAAGCUCUGCCAAGCAGUCUAAAUCGGGAUCGCUGGAAAAGGCUGGAUCUGGCGACAGAAUGAGCGGUGAAAACGGACACGAAGUAGCACCCGAAACCUCUCCAAAAGAUACUGAGAACGAGGCGUCCGCGAGUGAGUCAAACGAAAUCCCGAAAGAAUCAUCUGUGACUGAGGAAAAAAUUAAUUCCUCUCAAGAAUCUGUACAGGAAGAGGAUGGAGAUGGAAUGGCAGACGGUUCAGUGGAAAAGACCUCAGAGGAGGAGCCCAAAGAUGAAUCAAUAUCGAAGACUAAAGAGAACGAUACUGGGAAGGUUACCUCGAAAGAAUCCUCAAGAGCAGCAUCGGCAGAAAUUGGACCAUCUCAUGCAGAAGAUUCAUCGAAGAGUGGACAGCCUUCUGAAGACAAAUUGUGCGGGGAGGACCCGAUAUCAACGAACGAUGAAGAAGGUAGAAAUUCCCCGAAAAAAACGCCUUCAAUCGAUGAAUCUUUAGGAGAACAGAAGGAAACCGACUUAGCAGAGGAAGCAAGCAAUGAACAAAAUCAACAAGGUCCGGAAAAGAUCGCUGAAAAAGAACUGCAAUUAUCCGAUGCUAACGAACAAUCCAGCGCUCCAGCUCAAUCUGAGGGAAUUCGAUCAAAAAGAUCAGUUGGAUCCGUGGAAGAAAUGGAGGAACUCAAAACAAAUGGGUCACCAGAACCAACGAAGGUUUCCUCAGUUGAUAAAACAGAAUCGGAACUAAUCCCAAGCCCACAACAAUCUGAUCCGAUAACCAAAGAAUCUUCGGCUAAAGAAUCGGCGGAUGAUACAUCCGCUGGUGUGGCAAGCGGUGAAGUAGAAGCUCCUGAAAAGGUUGAAUCUUCUGUCAAGGAGUCAGUGGAUGAUACUUCCGCUGGUGUGGCGAACGGAGGAGCAAAAGGUCCUGAAGAGGCCGACGAUGUCAUAAUUAGUAGUCGAAUGGAUGGUGACAAAGAUGAGAAUGAACCACAACCGGAAACGCACCGUUCGGAUUCAGCAGAAGAUGCCGAACUUCCUGAACCAUCAGCACCUCCACCGGAUGCACAAGCUGAGGACAUCGAAGAAACGAAAAAAGACUCUGCUGAUGAAAAGCCAACUUCUCCCAAAGUUGAUGAGUCCGUAGAGGGUAACGAGAAAGAGGAAAAAUCUACCAACUCAAACGACGGUUCAGAAGAUGGUAAUAAACCUACCAAUUCAGAAAACCAGGAAGAGCAAUCCGAAAAUAGCGGCCCGAAAGAUGAAGCGCUCGAAGAACCAUGCGUUCAACGUCAGGUUUCAUCCUCGAGCGCAAAACCUCCCAACCGAGUUCACAGCAGCGAUUUGGAACACAUCAAAAGCGUUGAUUUGACUUCACUGAAUAAAGACUCAGCAGAAGCCUUGUUUUAUUCGCUCAAAAAAUCUGAACUGGAAGUUCACGAAAGUUCGCCGGAAAAUUUGGACGCUGACAAUGUGAAGAAGAAAGAGGAAGACGAUGAUGCGGACGUUGUGGUCGGCGAGGAGGUUCCUUCCGCGGACACUCGUCCAGAUACGAAACGUACCUUCACCGAUGAUUUUUUAGAGGAGAGCCCCAUCACUGAAGAAGCGCCCGAGCAAGCUGAAGGUGAUGGGGUUGCGAACGACACCAGCAACAAUGAUGCGUUCAAUCCGAUAGUGCAAGGUACUGCACGCAGCCAACAAGUACAGGAUCAAAUCCAUUCUAGGGAGGAGCCAACCCAGCCGAAACCAACGAUACGGAGAAGUAUGACGGAAUGGCGGGACCUUUCGACACAAGACACAGACUACGUCGACCCGAAAAGCUACGAGCCGGAUUAUGUUGAGGAUGAGGAUCAAUUCGAUGGUUACUACAUUGGUAAUAUCCGCAAUAAGAUACUGGCAAGUUCGGUUUCGUUAGCGGAUUCAGAUGGAUAUGAUGCCGAGCAGGCUGAUGAGAGGAUUGAUGACAACAAUGUGCGAACGGCCUUGGAGACCAUUGCUUCGACGGACACCGAGUCAACACUGGCUUCGCAAACAACUAUUCAAGCAAACAGAGGUUUCCUGCGAAAGGGUUCCCAGAGCACUAACAUUCCCUAUGCUUCAUUCGGUAACAAUGCCAUCAACCAGUCUCUGGAUGAUUAUAUUGAACGCGAGGAACAAGCGGCGUCCAAAAUACAACGAUCUUAUCGAAGAUUCCAAACACGUAAAGGAAAACUUCUGCGAGACUAUCACAGCACAAUGCGAACCUUCACAGAAGACCAAUCGUCAGAGAGUUUUGAAGAUUUCGAUACUCACGGUAUAAUCAAAGUCAAGAUGGACCAAAAACGUCCAGCCGGGGACGACGAUUCGUUCGAGAACAUCCGAGCUGAAAACCGACGGCGCCCGAUGUACAGUUUGAACAUCGAUGAGAAUGAUGCUGCGACACGAAGGACGACGUUGGUCCGCGGUGUGGCUAUGCAGCGAAACUCGACCGCCGAUGAGGACUCUGGUAAGUCGGGGAACGCCUCCGGCGACAAACCACCUGUGAGUGCUGCAAUCACGGAGGAAAGUCCGGUUUCGCUCAGCGAUACAUCGGAUGACAAGAAAAGUAGCACUUCUGGGGACGAGAAGGAAAACAAGGACAACAGCUCGUCAAGAUCAAGCAACGACGGCGGACCAGCAGCAACGAAAGCUCGUCCCUUGAGUGAUGGAAGGAAGUACAAUUCGCUGGACGCACAGAAACUUUUCCUCGCCCGCCAGCGCACGAUGCCGGUCCAAAUCGACUCGUCGGUGAUGCGAGUGCUGCCGAAGCACAUGCGGAAGAGAAAUAAGAGUGCCGGUCUAAUUAGGAAGUGUACGUAGGAUGUGAAAACUAAUAGUUCCCGUAGAACAGUGGGAAUGUUUUUUGUUGUUUGAUGCACUAUUUUGAUAAUUAAGCAAGUUUUUGUCCAUCGAUUGUAAAGAUUU